UGCCCAACUCAGUGUCCAGCCUCCUGCUCUCAGUGGGACAGGAUCGUCCCCCUCACUGUCACCUGCCUCUGUCGCUGAGGAUGUCUUCUUUGGUAACACUGAUGAGGACCAGGAUGCGUGUUCAAUAGUCAGUGACUAUGACUGUCCUGGUGUGGAGUUGAGCAAUAGUGUGGAAGACCUGCUGGCCCUCAGCUCCUCUCUCAGAGACUCUGAAUACUUCAAAGACCUAAAGGGAGGGAUUCUGGCUUCACAGUCGACUGCAACCACAGUAGCCACAGGCCCAGAGAGCAAAACCCUCACAGUUGGCCUACAGGUGCCACUGAACACGGACAGUCCUGCCAUCAACCAACCUGUACAGACUUCUCUGACCACACACUGCCCUCAGGUCAAUGCACCAAUAUCCCCCUCCUAUUUAGUCCCUGCAGAAGAACCUCACCACAGCUUUGUGGUCUCUCAGCUUAGUCCUAAAUUGUUGCCAGGUUGUAUCAUCGACAGCGGUGACUCAUCAGACCCUGCAGUAGGGCUUAGUUUGACAAUUAACCUGAAUGGACUAUUAGGAUCAAUGGAAAUGGAGAAAGCGGUAACAGGAUCAGAAGGGGAACAGGAGCAAACCACUAUGGAUUCUGAUGGAGAGCAAGACCUGGACAGCUUUCCUAUUCUGGUUAGAUCGAUGUCAACAUCUCGAAGGCACAGCUGGGGUGUCCCUCUGUCUCCCAUUAACCUGGGGAGGAGGCUGAGUCUGGAUACCACGGCCAUGGACAGCGAUGGAGAGAGAGAGGAUGAUGAUGAGGAGAGACAGAAUAGUCUCUUCCAGUCCACCCAGGAGCAGAGUGACAGCCAGACAGCCUGUCCUGGGGAUGAGCCAGAUGGUCUCAAGCAGAGGGUCUCCUGUCACAGACCCAGGGUCACCAGCAUGGCUGCUGGUGUUCCUGGCAGGCAUCUGUACUCCCGCUCAGAGAUUCUUGCAACAGACGAAUGUUCCCGUGCUGCACACAUCUCUCGUGUUGUACAGACAUCCAAACAGGCUGCAAGGGCAGCAGGAGCAGAGGAGUUCGACCCUGAGGAAAACUUACAUUCUACUGAAGGACAGAGCCACAUGCUGAUGGUACAGAAAGUUCUGCAGGAGCUAAAGCUGUACCAUGGAGCGAAGCAGAGGAACAAAUCAGAGACCAAAGAGGUUGGAAAUGUCACUUGGUAUGAGUUCCUCUCUAAAGAGAAUGAGGAAGAGGAUGAUCAUUUUGAGAAGGUGGAGAAAGGUACCAAGGUAAAGAGAACUCUCAGCUCUCUGAGGAACCGGGUGACGGGCUCCUUCAGUAAAGACAAGGGUAAGAUCCGAGAAAAAGAGCUGCAGAAAGAGAAGGGGAAGGAGAAGGAGGCCAGAGAGAAAGAGAAAGUGUACAAUAACAGCCAUAAUUUGGUGCCAGGCUUUUUCUCCAGCUGUGCCACCUGCUCACUGUGCAGCAAGACCUUGCAGAAAAAACACAGCAUGCAGUGCACGAAUUGUGCUGUGAACGUUCACAAGAGCUGCAAGUCUCUGCUGGGUGACUGCACCAGCAGCAGGAAUAAGAGAGAUUCCAUACGGAGGACAGGCCCAUCUGGAUCUCCUAACCUUGCGUUAAAAGACCGAGACAGAGAGCGGGAGCAUUCAGUCACAGCCUCAUCACAGUUCCUGGAUGGAUACCCAAGUGUUCUCAGCGCCCCAGGCAUGACCAUUAGUCCGCGGGGACCAAACACUCAGCCUACUGCCGCCCAUACCACCAACACUACUGCAGCCUCUGCCCACAGUCUUGGCCACAGCCUCCAUCACCACAGUAGCUCAGGAUCCCUCCCUGGGGAGAUGGAUGAGGCCGAUGCUCUCCGCUCCAAACGCUGCAAUGAAGACGCCAUUUCCCUCGCUCCUUCCACCACCGAGUCUAUCAUCGUAGAAGAUGCUCACCAUGCAGCAGUGCGGUCUGAUCUGGAGUCUGAUGCCCAGGACCUGGAGGCAGAGUCUUGGAGUUUGGCAGUUGACCAGCAGUAUGUUAAGAAGCACGCUAAAGAAAUAGUGAAGAGACAGGAUGUGAUAUAUGAGCUGAUGCAGACGGAGAUGCACCAUGUGCGGACACUGAAGAUAAUGCUGCAUGUUUACGUUCGAGAGCUGAGGGAGAACCUCCAGAUGGACUCGAGUAGGCUGGACUGUCUGUUCCCCCGCUUGGAAAACCUCCUGGAGCUUCACACACAUUUCCUGUCUCGUCUCAAAGAACGCCGGCGAGAAAACCUUGUUUCGCCCACCGACAGGAACUACAUUAUCAACAGAGUGGCAGACAUACUGAUCACACAGUUCUCAGGUGAAAUAGGAGAGAGGAUGAAGGAGUACUAUGGAGAUUUCUGCAGUCACCACACUGAGGCUGUUAGCUACUACAAAGAACAGCUGCAAAACAACAAAAGGUUCCAAAUCAUCAUACGGAAAAUCAACAACCUGUCCAUUGUGCGGAGGUUAGGAGUGACUGAGUGCAUUCUGUUGGUGACACAGCGCAUUACCAAGUAUCCAGUACUAGUGGAGCGCAUUCUGCACAACACUGAAGUGGGUACAGAAGAACAUGAAGAGCUGACUCGGGCACUGGGUCUCAUUAAAGCCACAAUUAGUCAGGUGGAUGCGCUGGUUAAUCUCCAUGAGAAGACAUCUCGGCUUCGAGACAUACACAACAAGAUGGAGCCAAAGGCAUUGGGAAAAAUCAAAGAUGGCCGAGUGUUUCGCAGGGAGGACCUGGCACAGGGCAGGAGACGGCUGCUGCAUGAGGGCACAGUCAACUGGAAAGCUGCCUCUGGCAGGCUCAAAGAUAUUCUUGCAGUGCUCCUCUCUGACGUGUUACUCCUGCUACAAGAGAAGGACCAGAGAUAUGUAUUUGCUACAGUGGAUAACAAGCCGUCAGUGAUCUCUCUGCAGAAGCUGAUUGUCAGGGAAGUGGCUCAUGAGGAGAAAGCUAUGUUUCUUAUUUGUGCUUCCUCCAAUGAGCCAGAGAUGUACGAGAUCCAUACCUAUUCCAAGGAGGAACGAAACACGUGGAUGACACAAAUACGGCAAGCUGUUGAGAGCUGUCCUAAUACAGAAGAGAGGUUUGUCAGUGAGGAGGAAGAGGCACGCGCUUCCCGAUUCAAAGAAUUUCAAGAACGUCUGAGCCAGAAGGAUGCAGUAAUCGUCCAGGCUCUUACUGAGAAGCUGCAGCUGUUUGCAGACAUGGCAGAGUCUGUGUCAGGUCUGGAGGACACAGGUUCUCGUCCCAGACUGCUUCUGCGAGGAGAAGCCUCAGACCUCCAGCAGGGGGAGACGCUGCUCAAAGGAGCAAUCACUGACGUUGAAAACCUCCAGAACCUGCUGCAGUCUGGAGUGAGGGAGGAAACUCCAACCUCACGGCUGGAUGAAGGGAGCAGCUCUGGAGUUCUGCCCAGGAGAGCAGACACCUUUGGGGGCUAUGACAGCAGCCCCUCCAUCCUGAGUAAGAAUGGCAGCGUCAAGAAGAACUUUUCUGGCGAGUCGAGAAACAGAGACAGAAGCCAGAGAGCCAGCUCCGACCCUCAGCUCAAAGACCUCUCUGGCAGCCACACUCAGGAGCAGACGGUUGAUGAAAGCUGCUGCUCUCCUGCCAGAUGGAACUGCAUUUGGUCCAGCUCCUUCCCCGAGGCUGAGUUCUUUGACAGAGUGCUGAUGCUCUCCCAGAGGCUCUACAGUCUGCAGGCCAUCAUAUCACAGCAGGACAGCCACAUUGAGCUGCAGCGGGCCUCACUGAUAGAGCGGGCCUCCCUGCCUGGACGCCACAGAGGCAACGUGCUCCUGGAGCAGGAAAAACAGCGGACCCUGGCCCUGCAAAGAGAGGAACUAGCCAGCUUCCACAAGCUGCAGUCUCAGCACCGGCAGGAACAGCAUCGCUGGGAGAGGGAGCGGGAGAGGCACCGCCAGCAAGUAGAGGCCACAGAGACCAGACUCCGACUAAGGGAAGAUGAGUGCAGGCGGCUGGAGGAGCGUCUGGCAGAAGAGAAGGUGGAGCUGGAAAGGCAGAGGGAGACAUACCAGCAGGACCUGGAGAGGCUACGAGAAUCCACCAGAGCUGUAGAAAAAGAGAAGGAACGCCUGGAGCACCAGAAGAAGAUCAAGAGGAAAACCAUUGAGGUGGCUCCUCUGUCUGGCAGCCUGAAUGGGGAGCUCCUCACGUCCUCCAGCUCCACUAACGUGUCCGACUUGCCCCUGAAGCCUCUGGUGCGAGCCAGCUUAUCUGUUGCACCAGCUGACUACCCAGAGCGCCCCGAAUUGAUGUUGCGACGGGAGGCGGGCUCUUCAACCCAGCUACUGAAGACAGAGGUGCCGCUCCAUCUCUUUAGCGCCACCAACCAGCAGCAUAAGCUGGUUGGGGUGCAGCAGCAGAUCCCCACCAAGCUGGCAGCCUUCAGUAGCGGCAAAGGGAAAGGAGGCAAGAGUGGCAAAGCCUCACAUCGCACUGACAGCACUGCCUCAGUGGAUAUGAAGCAGAUGCUGCCACUGAAGCUGUCUGCCCGAGACGACAACACCGUCAAGGCCAAGCGCUCUAUCAGCCCCCACCAGCAGCUCCCGCUUUCAACCCCUUCUCAGCCUCACUCCCAUCAUCACCACACAGAUCAACUAAGUCCUCCAGACAAUGCUGGACCAGACGGCCAAUCCACAUCCACCAUCAGCACCUCCCACCCCAAUGCUCAGAAGCCCCCCAUGCCUCCUGCACAGUCCCAUCCUCAGCCUGGCAUGCAGCCUCCCACCGUGCCUCUGCACUUGCAGAGCACAGGAGGUGUCCAGUUCCAGCCCCAUCUGCCGCCGCAGAGCCUCAGUCCCAACACCCAGGCCAAUGUCCAGAUGAACAUUCAGGGGCUCACACACAGCCACAGCAUGCCGCCGCCCUAUAAGAUCACCACUGAAGACCUCAAUAAGGAGGACGUCAUCUUCUUCUAAACUUGAGUCUGCUGCCCUCAGAUCAGAAGCUGGAUGCAAAACAAAGAAGUUUGCUGGUUCUCAUUAUACACAAUCCUGUGACAUUGGCAGUUCAGUUUAGCUUGUGUUGUUUCUGAGAGUUGAUUAAGGUAAGGUUAUUUGUUGUAGCAAUUUAUUGCAGAGAGCAAAGCCUUUGUUGGGGCUACACUGGCUCACAUGGAAAGAAAAAUUCACAUUUUAUUAAAAAAAGAGGACAUUUCUAUUUUAACACAGCUACACCAUCCUUGCUUUUAAACUGCCACAGUUUCCUUUUUAUUUAGAGAGGACCACAACUUUGAAGUGGAAACCAUAGGUGAAACAAAGGAAUGUUGUAUCUUAAAAGGUUUAAAUGAAGUUAUAGCAAUCCAAAGACAUUAGCUGUGAGAGCUGAAGGGGAUUUAACUAUGAGAGACAAUGUGAAAGAAAAACUGCCAGGUGCAUUUCAGGAGACUCUGAUCAGACUAGUUAGUGAAGCAUGAAAAGUGAGCAGUGCCGCGAUGGUGCUCUGGCCUCACCGUCUGCUCCCACUGGACCUGGAACGAGAAAUGAUUCAGCAGGAACUCAGAAGUGAUUCAGCUCUUAAAACAUGAACACACUCUGCUUUGAUGUUUCAUUUGCACAGUGUAAAUACUCCAUUCCAGACUAAUGAAUGAACUCUUACAGACUAGUGCUUGGAUGUACAGUUGUUGAAAUUGUGAACAUUUCAUUUCAUUAUUUUUUGUUUUGUUUUGUUUUGUUUUCUAAUGAUAGGUCAGUAGAUGAGAAACAAGGCUGUUGUGUAAAAAUGGUCCUGAUCAUUUAAGGAAGAGUUCAGUUUUUUCAGUUGUUUCAUAUGGUUUUUAUAUGGAUUUUCCAGCUCAUACAGAGCAAGAUGAACUCAAGGAGGCCUUUCUUAUGUCUGUACUGUUAGAAAGAAGGUGAGAUUAAUCUAUUUAAGCUCUGUUCUUGCAUUUCUGGGCAGCAGUUCUCAAAAUCACUGAGAAUUUCAUACUCUGCUUUUCCUAGCAUUAACAGUAUUUUUAAACAGCCUUUUCACAUUUUACUUUCUCUCACAAAGGUUGUGGACUCUUCACAGCAGGUACACCAGAUGUUACAAAAGACAAAAGAUUAUUCAUUAAAUAUAAAAUUAUCAACAAAGAAGUACAUAAAUUCAGUAUGUACUUUAAAGCUAAAAGGUUGUUGGCUGGUUUCAUUAAAGAUCCAUUCCCAAAUUGGAAUCAGAUGUGCCACUAUUUCCAUUGACAGUCAGGGAAUUAACUACAAUUGGUACCCUUCAGCAUAAAAAACAAAAAGCAUAUCUAUUCCCAUUUUAGUGGACCUGUAGUGUACUGUACAAUUCAUGCUACAUGUUAUUUUAAGGGGAAAAUUAAUUCUGCUUAAAUAUUCUGACCAGUGACCUCCCUGGAAAAUAUGAGGAUUAACUGGAUAGUACAUUGAAUACAUGGUGAUAAUCACAAUGCACUGUUUUGAAGAUAUGUGCUGAAAUGAUUCAAAUUCAUCACAAUACUAAUUAUAAAAAAGUAGAAAAGACGCCUGAGGUAAAGUAGGAAUAUGAACAGUCAUAAAAACACCCAAUUCUCUCUCUCUCACUGUCUCCCAUUCAUAAAUGUUAUAAACAUUUGGGAAUUCUUCUAGAGACUUGCAGGACAGGACUGUGCAGAACAUUUCAGCAAGUUGAAGUUUAAUGGAUUUCCAGUUCAAUCCACUUGUGUCAGAUUUUUACUCCCUUUGUGAUAAAAAGUUAACGUGUUUGACAAGUCUACUUUUUGAGAGCUCACGUGUCUGUACUUCAUUUUGCUGAAUCGACAGUUUUUAAAUUUGUUAGACUGAGUUAAUUGUAGCGAGCCGGUAUAUCUUUGAGAUAUAUAUGAAGGUGUCAGUUUUAAUUGAGGCCCUUAGGUGUCAUAGACAGUUCGUUACAUUGGUCACUAAUGACAUUUCUUUAGCUAGGUCUUAAAUCUCUGUGCCUGACAGAAAAGCAGUACUGUGAUGGGUGCAGUGGUCCCGCAGCAAGAACGACUAUCAGCUGUUGUCUAAGAUUUCAGUCUUUAUUUUUCUUCAAAGAAGAAAUAUGAAGAUGUCCAUCAUGGGGUUUGUGCGUGCGGUACCUUUCUAAAUCAUGAAGUAGUCAGUACAUGAAUGUGUUUUGUGUCUCUGGAGGGAAUGUCAAGAGCUUUUUUGUCUUAGUCCAAAUAAGCUUGUCUCUGAAGCUGUGAUCAGAAGCUGGAGUUUGAUUUAAUAUAUUGUGUAGAUUUUUGUACAUAUUGUAAGUGAUCUUUCCUGCAGCAUCUGCCCUCUUACACAUGCUUGUAUUAGGAACAGAAAUAUUUGAUGUGAAUCAAGAUGCAAAAGUCAGCCAAAAGUCUGUUUGUUCACACAUGUAAAUACACAUGUGGGUGUGUAUGUACGAUACGGUAUGCCUUUCUCCAAUAGACUAACAGCAGGACAAGAAACCACAACUAUUCAAAUUCUGUUAUUCAAAUGAAAUGAAGGUUUUGCAUAUUUAAUCUCUUGAUGUGUGUUAAUGUUGUAGCAUUGAAGUUGAGGUGUACUGUCUGCCGUCUUUGUCCUGCAAUUCAUGAGUGAUGUUUCAUCAAGAUUAUGUAGCAGUUAAAAAAGCAAAGAAAAAUGAAUCUGCUUGUUUCAGUCGGUUAAACCAAAGAGACAUUCGGCUGACUGGGUUCCUCUCUGCACUCGUAUAUGAAAGAUGAAUGACACUGUGUUGGUUGUGAGGUUGUCCACAAAGUGUUAUUACCUGUGAAAUCAUCCUCCAGGGAGUGUCCAUAACAAGUAUGGUUACAGCACAUUGUUGUCCAGCUCAUAUCCUGCUUCAGGAAAUGGAUUAGUUUGCAUCCUCAUAUCCACAAAUAUAACAAAUAUAUCUUUAUACCAAGGUGAACAUAAUAUUCUGAAGAACAAGAUAUUACACAACAAUCUGUCAAUUCUCACCCAUAGUGGCACAUCCAAACUACAAAGAGAUCACCAAAAAAAAAAGUGGGCUGGUAAUAUGCACGUGGACAUACUAUAUGGUUUUCAGUGGGUGGAACCCUAUUAAAACUCAUACUUUUAAAAGACUUUUAAAAUGACAAAACAAUCCCGACUCAAGGUCCACUUUCUAACUUUUUUUCCCACCAGAACUUUCAAUCUCAUUCCACUUAAUUAGCAAAGCAUCAGCUUAAUUUAAACUCCAAUACAGAUGUAAAGUCUUAAGAGUGUGAUAUCAUUCCAGCUUCUUGGUUCGCUUGUCAUGGCAACUGAGAAAGCUUCUGUAAAUAUGCUGAUGAAGACCAUGCAAAAUGGUUGAAUGGUCCAGAAAAAGCCCUGAUCUUGAGUUGUGAUUGUUUUGCCAAACUAUUAGAAUAAGAAUAAACUUUGAUGUUUAGCACUUCAAGAUAUUUCCAUGUGAGUCUCUCUGAAUGAGAGAUGUUCCAUAGCCGGAAAACUGGUGUAAGAGUACUUCAGUUCUGCUCCAGGUACGAGACUUAUAGUGAGGAGUGCAUGUUGUCUGUUGGUGCCACUGUUCAGAUCAACUCAAGUCUUAAAUGCUCUUUUUCUUUACUGACCUGCCUAACCUCUUUGCUGUUUUAAACCGGGCAGCCUGUCAGUCACAUCACUGUGUGUGUCUGUGUGCGUGUGUGUGAGCACCCUCGCCACCGAAAACACGACAAAAACAUUUCUAACAGUUGUUUCCAGAGUCAGUUUUGUUUUGUUUUUGUUUUUUUUUUAAAUACACACACACACACACACACACGUUGGACCUGUAUUGUGUAAAUAAUCCUGAACAUACUUUUGUUUCCUCGGCCAAUUUUACACUAGUCACUUUGGAUAGUAGCAUACUUGAAGGGGAAAAUGAAUGUUUAUCAUGCUUGUUGUUAUUGUCUGUCUUUACCAAGAGCUGUCAAAUGACAUUUGUAGCACACAGUGACAGUGAUUUUUGUACUUUUUAUUUUAUUCACUGCGAGAUGUUAGAACAACCUGUGGACACAAACUGCUGCCUUAGAGAAAGUUUAGUAAUAAAAACAGUCUUG